CGGAAGUUAAUGAGAGCUGAAAUGGGAAGCUAACACCGACCAGAAGUUUCCGGCUCAAAGUUUAUCAAAGCAAAUGCAUGAUAAUGCACCGAGUCAACGCAAGAUAAAAUAGCCGGUCCCAGCUUUUCUUUUACACCCCAGCGGGGCUGCAGCAGGUAGAGGCUGCGGCUGCAGAGGAGGAGAUGGCCAGCCUGAACUGGAAACCGUUCAUCUACGGAGGGAUGGCCUCGAUUGUCGCAGAAUUCGGCACAUUUCCUAUAGACCUGACAAAGACCCGGCUGCAGGUCCAGGGUCAGUCCCAGUACACAGAGGUACGCUACAGAGGCAUGUUCCACGCCCUCUUUAAGAUCGGCAAAGAGGAGGGUAUUAAGGCGCUUUAUUCUGGGAUUUCCCCCGCUUUACUGAGACAAGCAUCUUAUGGGACAAUCAAGAUAGGAACGUACAAUUCUCUGAAGAGGUUCUUUGUCACUCACCCAGAAGAUGAGACCAUGGUCAUCAAUGUCUUCUGUGGAGUUGUGUCUGGAGUGCUGUCCUCGUCUCUUGCCAACCCCACGGACGUCCUCAAGAUCAGAAUGCAGGCGCAGGGCAGCCUGCUGCAGGGAAGCAUGUUGUCCAACUUCGUCAACAUCUACCAGACGGAGGGCACCAAGGGGCUGUGGAGAGGCGUCAUCCCGACGGCACAACGGGCAGCCAUCGUAGUCGGGGUGGAACUUCCCGUCUAUGACAUCACCAAGAAGCACCUCCUUCGCUCUGGCGUCAUGGGAGACACCAUCCUGACCCAUUUCAUCUCCAGUUUUACGUGCGGCCUGGCGGGCGCGCUGGCCUCCAACCCUGUGGACGUGGUCAGGACGCGGAUGAUGAACCAGCGGGUUUUGUCCGGGAGCCCCAUGUACAAAGGCACCCUGGAUGGACUGAUGAAGACGUGGAAGAACGAGGGAUUCUUCGCCCUCUAUAAGGGAUUCUGGCCCAACUGGCUGCGACUGGGACCUUGGAACAUCAUCUUCUUCAUCACCUUCGAGCAGCUGAAGAAGCUGCCGUUCUAACGGGAGCCGAGCGCGGGACCGCACUCGCCGCUGAGACUGAAUCGGAGACGAGAGGAGCGUGAGCACAGCAGCUUUGUUUGUUACCGCCACACUCACACCCCCCUCAAAUCAACGGGAACGACGCAUCGUACGGAUCACGUGGCCAGAUUCAGAUCUUCUUUUGUAGGGUUUUAUUUAUCGUUUCUGUUUUGACAACGUUUGUACGACUGUUGCGUUUGAAGUCCCACCUUUGACACUCCUCAGGCACCUAAGUGUGUGCUUGUAGCAGAGGAAAGAACGUUGACAGAUUUCUUACUCUGUGCUCGGGAUUCCCACUGGAGUCUCGAGUAUUUAUUGAUAAAAUAUCUGUUCAGAUUUUUUUUUAAUCAUGAUGUUGGAAAGAUAAUUGAACUGUUGAAUGUUACAGAUUAAUGUAAAAGAGCAGAAGAAUUGACAGGUUGACCACCACAGGUGGUUGAUGUAAAAAAGAGAGGAAAUAACAGCUCUCUGAAAAAGUUAAGGUCCGUCCACGGCAAGAGGAAAGGUUUUAUCCACAUUUCUGUACGAGCCGAAGUCGGUUUUUUGUUAAUAUCAGAAUAAACUCUAUUAGUAUGGAGCCAAAUCAA